GCGAUUCGGUGGCCCGAGUUCCAAAGGCGCGAGUCGUCACCGGCGACCGCUGACGGAAUGUCACAAAUGCCGGACAAAGCAAAGGCGAAAAACAGAACGAGGCCAGGCGGGGGGAAAACCGCGAAAAUGUCCGACCGUUUCUUUCCCAAUCAAUUCCCGGACUACGUACCACCACCAGAAGCAGCUAUGGCGGGAGAAGAAGCUUCCUUUUCCAGAGGGGAGGACUCCCUCACCAUGCUGCUCUCUCUUCCCCACCCAGCCCUCUCUGAAACACUCAAGCGAUCGGCCUUGGACCUCAAAGAUUCUGUAGUGAGGGAAACUUGGGAAUUGAGUGGAAGGCGUGUCAAAGAUCACACUUUGUACACGGGUGUGUUAGGGACUGCUUACCUACUGUUUAAGGCUUACCAAGCUACCAACAACUCCAAUGAUCUUAAGUUAUGCUCUCAGAUUAUUGAGGCCUGUGACUCUGCCUCUGCUGAUUCAAGCCGUGUGACAUUUAUAUGUGGGCGAGCUGGUGUUUGUGCUCUUGGUGCUGUCACUGCAAAACAUGCUGGUGAUGAGAGGCUGUUGAACUAUUACCUUACACAGUUCAAACAGAUCAGACUUCCUACUGAUUUGCCAUACGAGCUACUGUAUGGGAGAGCUGGCUACUUGUGGGCUUGUUCGUUUCUAAACCGGCAUACCGGUGGAGAAACAAUAUCUGCCAGGCGCAUGAGGGCAGUUGUUGAUGAGAUCAUUAUGGGUGGGAGAAGAAUGGCCCAAAAGGGAUGUCCUUUGAUGUAUGAGUGGCAUGGAAAGAAGUACUGGGGUGCUGCCCAUGGGGUGGCUGGUAUCAUGCACGUGCUAAUGGAUAUGCAACUGAAACAAGAUGAAAUAGAGGAUGUCAAGUCCACACUACGUUACAUGAUCAUGAAUCGUUUCCCCAGUGGUAACUACCCGUCGAGUCAAGGAAGUAACUCUGACCGUCUCGUACAUUGGUGUCAUGGUGCCCCUGGAGUUGCCCUUACCUUUGUCAAGGCAGCUGAGGUGUUUGGGGACCAGGAGUUUGUGCAAGCUGCAAUCGAUGCAGGGGAGGUUGUUUGGAGUCGAGGUCUGCUUAAGAGAGUUGGUAUAUGCCAUGGAAUCAGUGGGAACACCUACGUCUUCCUUUCACUGUACCGAUUAACCGGGGAUCAAAAGUAUCUACAUCGAGCAAAGGCUUUUCUGUGCUUUCUAUAUGACAGAGGUCAGAGACUGAUAUCAGAGGGCAAGAUGCACGGAGGUGAUCGUCCAUAUUCGCUCUUUGAGGGCAUUGGUGGAAUGGCUCACCUCUUUCUCGACGCGGUUGACCCAUCUCAAGCUAAGUUCCCUGCUUAUGAACUCUGAAGUGUGCUGUAAUGUGAUGCCAUGUUAUGAAAGGACUUGGCAUUUAGCAGCCGUAUGUAUAUACCGAGACCAAUGAAAGCUUUUGUCCUGUUAUUUCAUAUCAGGUGUCGCUUUCUGUUAAUGUGAUGGAGAAUUUGGAAUAAAGGUAAACAGAGUCAUUUUUAUUAACUAUCCAUUCCUGGUUCCUGAUUCAUGCCU